UUUAUCGUAGUCCGAUUCCCAAUCUAUUGCGUGCGAUGAAAUUGUGUUUAUUUCGACCUAAAAUAAACAGAAACCGUUAAUAUUUACGUAACCCCCCUUUGUCGGCGUACUGUACUAGCCGAAAAGGAUAUUACAGAUACACCUAAACCUGUCGUGACCUUUGUAAGUGAAAGAGUGAGACAGAGCUAGGAGAAAGAGUGAGAAGGAGGCUGGAAGCAUCAACUCCGAUGAUGUCUCUCAAGCCGAGGAACAUUGACUUCCAGGAGACGUGGGCCAACCUGCGGGAAACGGUGGCCGGUGUGGUGGGACUCCGCGCGGUGGAACGCGGCGUCUGGAACCUCCGCUUUAGCGAUGUAUACGCUCUUUGCGUGGCCCACCCUGAACCGCUGGCUGAUCGACUUUAUGACGAAACUAGACGAUUUCUAGAAGAGCAUGUGGAGGGCCUGCUGGAAAGGGUCCGCGGCUCCUCGCCUCUCGAGAACAACGACCCUUACGACGGACUUCUAGAUCGUUACGUGGACGCGUGGCGCGAGUAUUCUGAAGGCGUCGCGUAUUUGAACAGUCUCUACUCUUACCUCAACUUACAACACGUUAGGAGGCAGAAGGUGUCAGACGCGGAGAUAAUAUACGGAUCGGCAGCAACUGUCAGCUGUCCUGACAGUGAUUCACGUCAAUUAGAGGUUGGCGAGUUGGGCCUAGUGAUCUGGGAGCGGGUUCUAAUCCGGCCCCUGUCAUCCGCCCUGUCGUCCCGUAUAGUCGCUGCGCUAAGCGAAGCUCGCAACUCUGCUCCCGAUCCGAAACAUGCCGAUGUACUCCGUCGAGCGAUUCAUAGCGCUGUUGAUGUCCAAUCCUUCAGAGUGCGUGCUCCCCUUGCCCUAUAUCAACAACUAGUCCUUGAACCGUACCUGGCCCAAGCCCAGGCGGCGCGCGAGACUCGCGGCGGACUUACUGCGCGCGGGCGAUAUCUCACACUACAUGCGAGACGUGCUGCAAGUGUGUGCUCCCCUUACCCUAUAUCAACAACUAGUCCUGGAGUCGUACCUGGCCCAAGCCAACAGGCGGCGCACGCGAGACUCGCGGCGGACUUACUGCGCGCGGGCGAUAUCUCACACUACAUGCGAGACGUGCUGCAAGAAAUGUACUACGCCAGGGCACUAGCCAGGCGGCUAAUACACCAGCUCUCCGGCUAG